UCUUAACGGCCAAAGCUUCGCAAAACUUUGUCGGUGCAAUUUUUUACAUUGCUUUUUGCAAAAAUCAUGGCGCACACGUUCGACGACUUUAACGCCAUGCAGUUUGUGGAUCUGACUGCCGAAGAACCGUUUCUCGAACAACAUGGUUCCGACCACCAAACGGAACGUAGUAGCAGUAAUUGUGACAAGGAUCCCUUGGCACAUUCUUAUGAACAAGAGUCUCAGGAUUUUUUUACAUUAAGAAAGUCCCUGAGUGUGGGAACUCUAGUAAUGUUCUCAGAAAAUGGAUUGCAAGAUAAAUUUUUAAGGGAAAACAUAGAGCGUCUACGUGUCGCUGAUACAGAUGUCCCGGUAGCAAAUUCCAGUGUGGAGAGUCUUGCCAAACCGGGUCAUACAAAGAAAACGGGUUUGUCGGAUAGUCUGGGUCGCGGCUCUGCCCAGAAAUUUAUUAGUUUCGCUGAAUCGGUUAGGCAGUUCCAGAACCGGACGCCGCAACGGUUCCGAAGCAACCCGGAAUUGAAGAAGAACCCGCGCCAGCCUCAAAGGACGGUUCCCCACUCGCCCGCCCUACGAACGAAAUUGCGACACCGUAACAUUCACAUACCGUCGCGGGAAGAGAAAGAAAUGGAGGAGUAUGAAAACGCGAAAAAGUUUAAAAUCAAAGCGCAACCGGUCAGCCAGAAGGUGCUGCGAGGACCUGUAAAAGCGGCCGAGCUCUCCAAAAAGCCCAUCACGGUCCCGGAGCCGUUCGCCAUCACGUGCCCGCCGCCCAAAAAGGUGGCGCCGCCAGAGCCCAAUUUCGAGUUCCACGCGAGGCCGGUGCCGAAGUCGGUGCGCGAACCGCUCCCGGAGGCGGUCAAAAGGACGACGCCGCGCCCUCGCCCGACAUCGGCGAAAGUGGACAAACCCGCCCCUACCGAAAACAAACCGAUGAAGAAGACCCAACCCGAGCCGUUCAGCUUCGAGGAAAGGGACAAGAUGUGCAUGAGCAAACGACAACAGUUAAUUCAUAAAAUCUUGGAAGAGGAGAGACGGGCGCGGGAGUUUCACGCGAGGCCGAUGCCCAAAUCGCUCUACGGCGGCGGCGGCGGCUCCAGGGAGCGGAUCAACUCGUCGAGCAGUUCCGCUGGUUCCAGCAAAAAAUCGGAGAGUCAAGAGAACGUGACGGAAGUUCCGUUCAGGGCCCGUCCUCCCGUCGUCCUGACGAAGGCGCCCUUCGUGCCGAAGAAGGCCGACAGGCCGUGCGUGACCGUCGAGCCUUUUUUUCUGAACACCGAGCAGCGGGCCCUCGAACGCGGGGAGUUUCAACGCGAGCUGCUCGAGAAGGAGGAGCGGUUGGCGGCGGCGCGCCGCCUAGCGGAAGAGCGACGACUCGAGGCCGAGAGAGAAGAAAUCGAGAAGCUGAGACGGGCGGCAGAGAUCAAAGCGCAACCCGUCAAAAAAUACAAACCGAUACAGAUCAAGCCUGCGAACAAGGUGACCGAACCGGUAUCGCCCAACUUCCAUUGGAAACGGAACAAGGAAAACGUCAGCGACAACCCGGUGGGCGGGGCCUCUGCUAUCCGGGAUUAGGGCCUUCAACGUUUUCCAUAUUUUCUUUUUUAUUUAAGAUAACAUAAAUAAAGCUGUUACUUUUACGUCAUCUUCUUUGUUGAAGAGUGAGUGGGGCGGCAAACAGGCCUCAGUGAUCACGUGUGCGCUCACAAACGCUUUUUCAUCGAUGCAGUUUUUUUUUACAUUUUAAACCAUAAAAUUAGCGAGAAGUUACAAAUCAUGAGUAAUAAUGUAGGAAACGGUGCAUCACAAAAACUUUAAAAACAUGAUGGUAUGCAAAAUUUUGACAUGACAU